AUGGCUUUUUAUUUGAUCCUAGCUCUUGCUUUCGCGUUUGUUGCUGAUGUACACAGUGGUAAGUUAAGUUCUGAUACAAAUACAUUUUCCAACUUUCUAAUCUGAUUCCAGCUUCUACAAACUCGACUAUUGAUGAGACUACUCGGUGGAAGCAAUGCCUGGCUAUCAACCAGCCAAUUUACGAUUUCCAAGUCGAGACCCUCGACGGAAACUAUACGGACCUCAGCCAAUACCGUGGAAAAGUGAUCAUGCUGGUGAAUGUGGCCACUUUCUGUGCGUAUACUCAACAGUACACCGACUUCAAUCCUCUACUCGAGAAAUACCAACAACAAGGACUCACAAUCGUGGCGUUCCCGUGCAAUCAGUUCUACCUGCAAGAACCGGCUGAGAAUCAUGAGAUUCUGAAUGGUGUGACUCAUGUUCGACCUGGAAAUGGCUGGACCCCGCAUCGUGAAUUGCAUAUCUAUGGAAAAAUUGAUGUGAAUGGAGACAACCACCAUCCCCUUUAUGAGUUUGUCAAGGUAAUACAAUAAUUUUACUUUCAAUGGGGAUCUAUGAAUGUUUUUUUUCAGGAAGCCUGUCCACAGACUGUCGACAAAAUCGGACACCCCAACGAAAUGAUGUACAACCCAAUCCGUGCAUCCGACAUCACCUGGAACUUUGAGAAAUUCCUCAUCGACAGAAACGGACAGCCGAGAUACCGCUUCCAUCCGACCGCCUGGAGCCACGGACAAGUUGUGACCCCAUUCAUUGAGCAACUUUUGGCUGAGAGAGUGAACAGCACCAGCAGAAGAUAA